UGUGUGUGGCCUGUCAACAGAACAUAUCCUCCUUGAUCUUGAUAUAAGAGCUGUGCAGCAGAGUCUGGGUACCAACCAUCAAUACACAGAGACAACAGAGAGAACAUACUACAGAAUCACUUCCUACAGGAGAGUCACCAUGAUCCGUCUUCCUACAACAGUACUGCUCUGUAUUGUCUUCACACUCAGUGUGGAUUCAGUCUUAGGAAAAGUGUGCCAGAGAUGUCCCUCAGGCUGGGUGAGCUUCCAAGACCGCUGCUUCCAACAUUUUGCACAAGCCAAAAUAUGGGCUGAUGCUGAGGUGGACUGUAUCAGAUAUGGAGGAAACUUGGCCUCAGUCCACAGUGAAGCGGAACACAAUUUUCUGUUGCAACUCAUCAAGUCCAGGGGAGCAAAUCCAACUUGGCUGGGAGGUAGCGACUGUGUGAAGGAGGGCACAUGGCUCUGGAGUGAUGGAUCCAAAUGGGACUACACCAAGUGGAAUCCCACUGAGCCCAACAGCUCUGGAGUUGAAAACUGUGUACACACAUACUGGGGUCAGGCGAACUGGAAUGACAUCUCUUGCAACAAUCAAUAUCCUUACAUCUGUGCCGUGGUACCUUAAACAGGAGCUGGUCCAUUGUUGUAUAAAGGGACUAAAAAGAAGGAUUCUCAUGAAAUUUUACUUAAAAUUUUACUUACACUGAAUUAAUAUUGCUUGGAUGAUGGGGGUACUUUCUUGCAUCUUUCAGUAAAUGUUACUGUAUUUCUUUUUCUUUAAUAAAUCUUUGCUGUAUA